UCUAAAUAUGUUAAAAAGAAAAAAAAAACUAUCUUCUCCCAAAUUAACAUAUACUAUCUUUGAUCUUUGAAAUGGCAGAGAAAGAAGAGAUCGUUAAAUCCUCUCAAGAAGAAGAAACUGCCCAAUCAACACCACCCUUAUUGCCAAGGACCUGUGGGAAUUUACUUGGCCCUAUUUCAACUGGAAGAAGGACAUGGCCUGAUCUAGUCGGCGUGACGGCGGAGGAAGCGGAACGAAAGAUAAAGGAAGACAUGGCCGGAGCUGAAGUUCAAGUAGUUCCUCCUGAUUGCUUUAUUACCAUGGAUUUCAAGGUAGGGAGAGUCAGGCUGUUCAUUGAUUCAUCAGGAAAAGUUGCAAAACCCCCCAUAAUUGGCUGAUAUCUCUGCAAUUUCGAUAUUAAAUUGAAAAUUAUAAUAAUUAAGAUUGGGCACUAAAUCUGUAAUCUGAAUACUCAUUUUAUAAAUUGUAUGCAUACGUGGUAGUACUUUGUUUAGGUAAAACAAUUUUAUGUAAUCUACUUAACAAAAAUUAUUUUGUAAUCACCCAUGCAAUCAAAAUUGAAUCAUCAAUUAUAAAAAUAAAUCUCAAAAAUAUAGAGUUUGAUA